UUAAUUUGGAUCUGAGUCUCACUAAAUUGCUUACACAGAACUUGAACUGACUUGCUUUUUCUUUCUCCCCCCGCCCGUGUGUGUGUGUGUGUGUGUGUGUGUGUGUGUGUGUGUGUUUUAAGAGGAUAUGAUUCUACCAUUUUGGGAGAAGUGGAAGGUGGAUCUUGAAGAACCUAUGGAAAGGAGUUGAGUUAAACUGAUUUCCUCAUGUUGUUUCUGGAUGAAAGCCAGAGUCAACUUUGCCUGCAUCUAAUCAAAUAGCAGAGAAAAUUGUUCGUAAUUGUGACUUCAGUUACAAGUUCCUGGGAGGCCCUGUGUGGACCGAGCCCCGCUGAGUACGGACUCAUUUUGACUUGAGUUCUCUCAGUGAGAAGAAUGGGGGAGAUGCGCAGCUUCGUCCUGGUCACCAUUGCCCUGAUAAUGGGCAGGGAAAGCUGGGCCCUCGAGAAUGAGAACUGUUUGCGGGAGCAGGUGAGGCUCAGGGCUCAGGUGCACCAGCUUGAGACCCGGGUCAAACAACAACAAACCGUGAUUGCACGACUCUUGCAUGAGAAGGAAGUCCAGUUCCUGGAUAAAGGACAGGAGAACAGUUUUAUUGACCUUGGAGGCAAGAGGCAUUAUGCAGAUUGUUCAGAGAUUUACAAUGACGGCUUUAAGCAGAGUGGAUUUUACAAAAUCAAACCUCUUCAGAGCCUGGCAGAAUUCCCUGUUUAUUGUGACAUGUCUGAUGGAGGAGGAUGGACUGUAAUUCAGAGGCGAUCUGAUGGCAGUGAGAACUUUAACAGGGGUUGGAGUGACUAUGAAAAUGGCUUUGGAAACUUUGUCCAAAACAACGGCGAGUACUGGCUGGGUAACAAAAACAUUAACUUGCUGACUAUGCAAGGAGACUACACUUUAAAUCGACCUGACAGAUUUUGAGAAAAAUAGCCGCUUCGCACAAUAUGAGAAUUUUAAAGUUAGCGAUGAACAGGUACUAAAAAUUUUAUAUAGGCAAUGUCUUGAGUUGAUGUUGAAAAUACGCAACGAAGCCCCAAAG